AUUUGGUUUGAACUUAUCUCGUUUUCUUCGCAUUUAUUUUGAUUCUACCAGGCCUGGCGCACUACCAAUUGAUACCAUAGUUAUCAUCAUUUUACACAUUAUUUUACGUGCGCUUUCAUUCAAUCCCUUCCCGCGAUAAUGUUGUCUCAGUCUUUGGCUGUCCUGGUGGCGGCGGCGACAGUGUCGUUUGCAAAGACCCCGGCCAGGUUUGAGCCAGCCUCGAACACAGACUUAAUAGUCGAAUUCUCGAACCUCGCAGCCCUCAACGGGGCUACGAUAUCUAAAGAAGCAAGCGCAAACGAGCCGCAAAUCGGAACCGCAACCCAACUCACGGGUACCUCAUACGCCGUCAUCAUGAUCGAUCUUGACAUCCCGACAAACAAUACGUCCGUAACGGACACCCUCCUUCACUGGAUGCAGACCGACCUUACGCCGGCGACGACCCCGACGCAACUGAACAUGACAAGCGGGAGCCAAGCCGUCUUUCUCCUGAAGAACGCCGCCAACACGCCUGCCCUGGCGCCGUAUUUCGGACCCAGCCCACCAGCAAGGACACCGCUUAGCCACCGCUACACCCAGAUCCUGGUCGACACCAGCGGUGUCAGCACCCAGGCAACGGGCGCUCUCCAGGGCGCGGCCGCGAACCGCCGGGGCUUCCAGGCGCAGGCGGUACUGCAGCAGGCCGGGCUCCAAAACAAGGUUGUGGCGGGCAACUUCUUCAUCGUGACGAACCCGGGCCCGGCUCAAGACCCAACCGGGAGCCCUUCCAACACGACUAGAUCCGGCCCUUCUUCGACGCCGUCCACCGUCAUCGUCAACGAGGCCGGCAUCCUUGGCCAGCCUCACGUCACGAUCUUCGCCCUCUUGGCCGCCGGCGCCGUAUUCUUGGGCUUCUAGGCUUCUGCUUGUGAAACAUCUCUAUGAAGUGCUCCGGUUUAGGACAUGGUGCUUGUCUUGUGUCGCGGAUUCUCCUGGGCCGCCUGUCUUUUCAUUUACACUGGACCGGUCGGUUGUGGUUGAUAUAUAAUUGAUUAUGGGGCCUUGGCUCUAGAGUCCUUCUUUCUAUAUGAAGUGAAAUACACUCUUGGUUCGAAUUGUCACAGCUUGAUAGCGCUCAAUUCCGAACUCCACAUUUCUUCUAUUCCUCCAGGCAUACUAGCAACUCAACAUGCAUACUGGCCCGGAUUCCUCAGUGCCAUAGUGUCGUAGUGCCGUGUAGCGUCUAGACUGUCUCGCCUCCUACCGUCGGCCAAGGCAAGGGACCUCCCGGGAUGGAGAGAAACAGAGUAUCUGGAUGGGUACUCG